GCACGGAAGGUCCUGGUGUCAGUGUCUCGGAGGAGAGACAGAGUCCUGCUGAGAGUAGUGGCAUAAGCGUAAUCUAUAAUCCUUAUGCUUCCCUUUCUAUUGAACAACAAAGACAAAAGCUGCCCGUUUUUAAGCUAAGAAAUCACAUACUUUAUCUAGUGGAGAACUAUCAAACUCUGGUGAUUGUUGGGGAAACAGGUUGUGGGAAAUCAACGCAGAUUCCACAAUACCUAGCAGAAGCUGGCUGGACAGCCGAAGGAAGAGUUGUUGGAGUGACGCAGCCUCGUCGGGUUGCUGCUGUUUCAGUCGCCGGCCGAGUUGCUGAUGAAAGAGGUGCAGUGUUGGGUCAUGAAGUUGGAUAUUGUAUUCGGUUUGAUGACUGCACGGAUCCGCAGGCCACAAGAAUUAAGUUUCUAACUGAUGGUAUGCUCGUGAGGGAGAUGAUGGCUGAUCCUUUAUUAACGAGAUACAGUGUCCUCAUGCUGGAUGAAGCCCAUGAAAGGACUCUUUAUACAGAUAUUGCCAUUGGCUUACUAAAAAAGGUUCAAAAGAAGCGUGGGGAUCUUCGACUGAUUGUGGCUUCAGCCACCUUGGAUGCAGAGAAAUUCAGGGAUUUCUUUAAUCAAAAUGAGACCGGUGACCCCAGCAAAGAUACCAGUGUGAUCCUUACUGUCGAGGGGAGAACGUUUCCAGUGGACAUCUUUUACAUACAGAGUCCUGUUCCAGACUAUGUAAAAUCAACUGUGGAGACUGCAAUGAAGAUUCACCAGAUGGAGAACGAUGGUGAUAUACUAGCAUUUUUAACUGGCCAGGAGGAAGUGGAGACUGUUGUUUCUAUGCUCAUAGAACAGGCUCGGGCCCUUUCUCGCACUGGAAUGAAAAAACACCUCCGUGUUCUGCCCAUGUAUGCUGGGCUGCCUUCUCCUGAGCAAAUGAAAGUGUUCGAGAGAGUUUCUCACAGUGUCAGGAAG